AUGUCGCGCAAGUUUCCUGUAAGCUCAGAGGGAUCACCAUCAACGACCGUGGUACCUGCACCGGAUCUCUCCACCCUGCCACGAUCAAUCGCUCACCCACGAACCCAUCUUGCUGCGCCCAACAUACAUACGCUAGGCUCCACAUCGCCAAAUUGUACUUCGACUUCUUACAACCAUUUCGCAUUACUGAGUACUGCUUCUGCAUGCGCACCAAAAGUUGAGAAACACGAUGGCAACGGCUUGAUGAUUCGUUCUCCAUCAUACUACGGACGUAUAAGUCAGCAGAGAACCUUCCGAACACGGAGAAAGGACCCUCCAUGCGACAAAUGCCGAGAACGCAAGUUGAAGUGCGACGCUACCGGGACUUCGGCAUGUUCAGAGUGCUUGUAUCACGACUGUCAAUUUACCAAGGGGAAAAAUCGCCAAAUUCCUUCGAUUGAGCAGGUCCAGGACCUUCAAAGUCAAAUUGCCGAGUUGAAUAAUGCGAAUUCACAGCUACAGACAAAGACAUCCAAUCAGAAUGCCAUGGAUAUGGACCGAAACGACUUGAAACGGCGACACUCAGAAGCAUACCCCAAAGUAGUACUGGCACCCCGGCAGAUAACUGUACCCGUCUUGGACAAUUUCGACCACGUUCGCAGUAGCAUCCGAGAGCAUGCCCGCAAUGUGUUCGGCACGCCUCACCAAAAUGUGUUCCGGCCUGCGGAGCCGGAUUGGCCGCUGCCUGAGGUUCCCUCUCGUGCCGACUAUGCGUACUUUUCCCGGUCUUAUGUCGACACUAUACACCCUUGGUAUCCUGCAAUCCACUGGCCUACGCUUCAGCACAAAGUCGAUGAAAUCUAUGCUUCAUGGAGCUUUGAAGGCUGCUCUCGGGAGUGGAUUGGCUUGUUCUUCGCAGUACUAGCUUGUGGCUCCUUGCAUCCUUGGUCCGAGCAUAGUGAAGACCUUACCAUCACGCAUGGCCAGGCAGCUUUAAUGCUGAGCAUAUUUGCUUCAGAGAACAACAAGCGGUCUCUAGGCUCCAUCUGGCUUGCAUCUGCGGUAAGGGUCGUGCAGGAACUUCAGAUAAGCCCAGAGAUGGACUGUUGGUCCGCAUUCGAUGCAGAUAUUCGACGCAGACUUUGGUGGUCCACUUACGUUCGCGACAGGAUCAUGUCUCUCGAGACAAAUCGACCGAUGCUUAUCAACGAGAGUGACUGUGAGAUUUUGCUUCCAUCGCCGUUGGACGAUCGUUACAUACAGCCCAAUGAACCCAUCCAUUCUUCAACGAAGCCCGUACACUUCACUGGAUUCGUAGCGACAAUACACAUGACACGUCUCUACGCGCUCUUCCAACAGGUCCUGAAUGCACUGCUCGAUGCCAGGGCUUUACCAACCAUUUCCGUCCUCCUCUCUGCACGUUUCCACAUGUACCAGCGCAACCUCAGUCCGUUAGCCAGUCCAGUCACACAGGUGAAUGCAUUGGAGCGAUGCGUCUCUAUUGCCCAGGACACCACCAAAUAUGUGUCGCGAGCGUUAUACAACCAAACUGCUCAGGAAACUGGAAAGACGGAAACUGGAAAGACAGAUACAAAGAUGAUAACGGUUGUUGCCCGUAGCGCUGUAUGCUUACAUAUGUGGCGAUGCGUUCUGGUUCUAUGCUUCCGAGGUGAGUACGAUGUAGCUCUAGUGUGCUUACACUUCUUAAGAUCUAUUGGUUCCGCACGCAAGAUUAAUGCAGCCUGUGGCAAGAGUAUUGCUUUCUUUAUAGAGCGACUAUUCGAGCGAAUACAUCAAGGCAUCGGAGGCAACAACCAGUUGGAACACGAUGAGGAGAUAAUUGCAUACCUCAGUGCGGAUACUCAAGGCAGUCUGGAGCAUUCUUGGGUGUGGGCAGGCACCAAUAUGGCUCCUUCAACGUCUGUCCACGAUGUGGCGCCUGGUGCUGUGAGAUCACCAGGAGGUAAGGAAAUGAUGCGAGAUAGAAGGGCGUCACGAGCGAUACCUAGCAUGUGGUGGAAUGGAAGUACAGAAUGGGAUGACUGGGGCCGGGUUGAGCACAUGGUACGACAGUUGAUGGACGAGCGCCUUCACCGAAAUACGCAACCGCCGACCUACUACCCGCCGCCUCAUAACCCGGUCAAACGAGUACAGGUUACUCCUGACACGUAUUCACCGCCAAAGCUUAUUUCAAAUGCUAGUCCGGCCCCGUCGAACGCAAGUCGUAUCAGCAUAGCGAAUAUCAUUUAA